AUGGGAGCCAGCGACAGGGCGCUCGCCUGGAAGAACAAGCAGGAUAAACCGGAGGAUUACGAUGUUUUCGGCCCCUACCCAUAUGAUGGUGGCCCAGUUGAUGGCCCAUUAUCUGCAGCUGUUUUUAUAGAAAAGGGUCAGGGCAAUAUCACUGUAGGAGGGGCCUGUCACUAUGCCGCCAUGGGGGAUUGGGAAUGGGAGGGUGGCAGUUUGGAGUGGACGGCCGAGGGCGGUGCUAUUGUGGCAUAUGUUGUAAAGAAGAUAUAG